AUGUUACUCGGAUUCCUCAAGCCUGUUCAUGGUGGUUCAGCAAGAACGCCCAUCGCUCCUUCUCCCAUCGCGGCCAUGAUCGUCGUCGCCGACCAUGCUCAGUAUGAUGAUGCCGCUCGUCCGCUGCGUUGGCCACGUAAACACCAAAACCCCAAGUCUCGCAAGCACGACAAUGUCAAUCCCAGGCUCAAACUAUCGACAUGGCACCUUUCUUCGAGUCCUCAGCACGACCAUUUGAAGGAGAUCAUCGACCGCCGCCUGGCGCUUCUUGCUGAAUCUGACAAGGCCGACGGCAUAACCUUUGCCUUGUCUGCGCGAGAGCGUAUCAUCCUUGGAUCCACCGACUACACAGAGCAUCAUGUUGACUACUACUUCAACAUCCUCUCCUCCAAGGACUCAUUGUUCGCUGCGCGUCUGCUUACAGGCACAGCUGGCCCUCCCUUCUUCGUCUACCGCGACUAUCUUGCCCGCUCCCACAUCCGCCCUGAAGCUCUUCGUCUUCUCUUGAACCACCUGCCUGUCUGGAAAUACGAUACAUCAGAGCUGUCCGACCGACGUGUCUUGUCUGUCUUCGAGAGCCUGCUGUACCAUUGUCGUCGAGUCUGGCCUCAAGCCAUACCUCUUAUGGCCACUUGGCUGACCCAUGAAUUGCGUUUAUCCGAUGCUCAAAUCCUUCGAUUCCAAGAGUCCGAUCUGCUCAAAGACGACUUCGCUGCCGUCCCGCACUUGACUUCACAGUACAACUACGCCCUCCGCCUCCUCUCGUCGCCCUCGCACAUCGCUCCAUUCAAGAACACGGUCCUUCAAGAGGCUGCUCAAGCCAUCGUUCUCAAGCACAUGGCUGAUCAUACCCCUGCUCUUGCUAUCAAUCGCGUAGGCUAUCGUGCCGUCACUCGCGUUCAACUGGCCACCAAGAAGACCGCCCCUGAGCAAGAGUGGGCCAGACUUAAGUCUCCCUCCUGGCCUCCUUGGAAGGAAGAUCGUACCGGCAUGGAUGCACGCAUCGAUCUCGACUAUGGUGUCAGUCGUGCUCACCAAAUCUUGCUCCGGAUGCAGGAAGCCGGUUAUCCCCUUGGGGCAUGGGAUCAAGUCGCCAUGGUAUAUGCAGGAUGGGACACGGAUCGGAGCCCUACAGUCCAGAAACGAAUCUUCCUAGACGACUUUGCCGAGGAUAAACUCGUGAAUAGCCUCUGGAUUGCUCGCAUCAGGACGACCCGUACAGCUCAACAAGCAUGGGCCUGUUUUCUGGCUUAUCAGGACGAGAAUCUUCCUCCAGACCACCGCAUCUACCACGCCAUGUUCGAGGUGUUGAUAGAGGAGCGCAAGAGAGUCCGGCUUGGUCCUGAAAAUAUCGGUCACGAAGUUGAUGAUGUUCACGACGGCUUGGAUCCUUUGUAUCCAGGCGAUACCAAGGAGAUUGGCUCACCCCCAUCCUCUGCGCAUCAAUUGACGUAUAUUCGUGCCGAAAUACCUUCGAUCCAACAGCUCUACGAUCACAUGCGUGAAGAUGGAAAGCAUCCUUCUGACGAUACUGUUGAGAUGCUCCUCGACAGCGCCGAGACUCUUGCGGAAGGCCUGGUUUAUCUCGAGACCGGCAUCCAUGAAAACUACGAUAUUGCUGUUAGUGCUCUCUUACGUGGCUCCGAAGACUGUGAAGGCCUAGAUGUCAUACCUGACCGUCUGUUCGCCGCCUAUGUACGCCUGCUCUGCCGCUUUCCUCAUACUUCGCAUGGGCCGGAUACCAAGUCGCACUGGUCGUAUGGUAGUCUGGUCCGAAAUAGUCUGGAUCUCCGACAACCUCUAGCGCGGGCUCUCUAUCUGCUUGUUCAACAGAAGCGAACGUAUCGUCCGGCGUGGAACUGUGUUUUCGCUGCAUUAGCUCGUAGGGAUGCACCAUCUCUUGCCUCGGGCUGGCGUUUGUUAGCGUUGCGAGGCCAGAAGUCUCUGAGCCUGGAGAAUGAGGUGUACGACAAGAUCUUCGCUUUCAAUCUUGCCCAGCAGGUCAAUGACAGUAUGCGGGAGAACGAUCUUACAUUGGAUGAGGACGCCUUCCUGGAUAUCUGUGUCGUUGCUGAGCAUGCAGCCAGCGCUGUUCAGACCGUCUUCGGAACCCAGAAAUACAGACAGGACCAUACUGCGGGAGUUCUCACACGUCUUACCAUGAAGGCGGACACGACGUUCCAAAAAGGUCCCGAGUGGAUGAAAGAACAGUUCUGGACUCUGACUGAAGGCGGAAAAGAUUCCAUGUCUACUCUGCUUGAACCAGAGGACACCGAGACCCACCUGCCUAGUCUGUAUGUCAGGCCUAGUCCAGCUUUAUUGCAUGCCUACAUUCGCGCUUUGGGUCUCUUCCGCGACUACGACGGUCUCGUUGAGCUGGUCCAGUGGAUGGUCAGACGCAAACUCCAGCUUAAGAAGCGCCGUGCUAUGGAUCGCAGAGGCCGUAUAUUGAUGCGGAGAGCACUGAUUGCUUUGCGUGUAUUCGUUGAGGAUCGAUGGGAGCCUGUGAAGCCCGAGCUUGACGAUGGAGAGGUCGCUACGAUUGCAUCUGCAUCGGCUGAACAUAUUGAGGAGAUCAAGACACUGGUUGAAAGUGUAAAACACUGGGGUGGUUGGCCGUCGGAUGAAGAGGUCGAGAUGUAUGCUGCAUAUGGUCGUGGUGAUUGA